AUGCACCACUAUCGUCGCCAAUUCCAAUAUACCUGUCUUUAUUUUAUCCGGCUUCUCUUCCGCCGACGUUUACGUAGACUGGUUCUGAUUUUCAUCUUCUUAACUCUUUUGUUCAUUAUCUUCCGUCGGCUCACGUAUCACCUUCCCGCACUUUCCUCCGAUCAACUGUUUCCCCGUCCUUUUCACAAUAUAUCUCAGCAUAAAGCACGCAUUUGUAAUAGCAAUAAUCUCUGCUCGUACUGGUUGGCAGGAUAUUGGAAAGACGAUGAUUUGAAGAGACAGAAAUUAUAUCAUGAUGUCGUUUCGAUUGAAGUGCCGAUUGGAAUGACCGUUACGUUGUUGACGAACGAGACGAGAAAGAUAUUUCAGUACGGUUUCGGGGAAUGCGUUGAUGAAGACACUUGCAGAUAUGUGAGUAGAUUAAACAUCGAAGGUACUGGUCUUAAUCUAAUUGUGUUUGCGUUUCAAAUAGUGGACUUGCGACUAGCCUUGGAACAGAUUCAUACAUACAUUGAUGACAGAAAAUUAGAAGAACUUAUUUAUUAUCACAAGUCACAGUUUACGUUCAUAGAAUCGGAUGUGACCUUAAUUAGCCAGUUUACAGUCAAUAGAUUAGAGCGUUUCGAGCAGGCAUUGGGUGCAUGGUCAGGCCCUGUAUCAGCCGUAAUUUAUCUAAUUUCCCCACAUGAUAUUGGCGUGCUAAUUACAUACUUUUCGAUGGAUAAGAAUGCUUACUUAUACAGUCGAGUUGAUCUUACUAUAGUCAAGCCAGAUUACUCAAACGGUAUUUACCUCAAAUAUCCGAUCAACAAACUUCGUAAUAUCGGAAUAGAGGCCGCACCAACGAACUACAUAUUUGUUAUGGAUGCCGACUUCGUUCCUACACCGCAACUAUACGAAUUCGCCGUUUCGUACGUAGUACCACAGCUGCAAACACUAGAACGACCAACAGUGUUUGUUGUGCCGUGUGUCGCAUUGGUUGAAGAUUAUAAGGGACGACCUCCAAGAGAUAUAAGCGAUCUUAGGCGAUUGUAUUCUAACGGUUGGGCGUACGUCACUGAUCCACGAGCAGGGCAUGGGCCAACAGGGACCAAGCUGCUUUUAUCACAUCCGUUGAAAGUGUCUCGGCCGUAUUAUGAAGUUUGCUAUGAAUCCCAGUGGGAGCCAUACUAUAUAUUACCGAAGAGUGCGCCGAUGUACGAUGAGCGGUUCAGGAACCAAGGAGGGGAUAAACAACAGCAUACGUUAGCCCUGAAUGCCCUUAAAUACAGAUUCCUCGUACUUAGGGAACAUUUUAUAUAUCACUUGGACCAUGCCAAGCUUCUGUGGCCCGGAGGAGGUUUUAAGCAUGCACAAUUGACGGAGAAAGAAUUUACGUAUUUUGAGCAUUAUAUUCCAGAAUUGGAAAAGAAAUUUGGUAUCACUGUUAGGUGGCCGCGAGGGUGUUCUCGGGCACUUUUUAAGGAUCAAAUGCGAGAUUUGGUUGGGAUUGGAGUCGGAUAA